AUGCUCGAGCACUUCCUGUGUGUUUAUGGUGGCUCUGUGCUUGGAGCUUCAGAGAACACAAUAGAGUCUCUUAUCCCCACUCCUGGGGCCAGCUCAGGGCCAAAGCCAGUGGGUAAGGAUGGAAAUAGCAGCACCUUCAACAUCUCCUACACCAACUUCUUCCUGGGGGGCUUCUCUGGAUUGCGACAGUGGAGGCCCCUCCUGGUCCUGCCUCUUACUUUUCCCUAUGUGACCAUCGUCUCUGCCAAUGCCCUCAUCAUCCACACGGUGGCGGCCCAGCAGAGCCUGCAUCAGCCCAUGUACAUGCUCAUUGCCCUGCUCCUGGCUGUCAACAUUUGUACUGCUACAGCGGUGAUACCCAAAAUGCUGGAGGGCUUUGUGCAUUAUGUUAACCCCAUAUUACUGCAUGGCUGCCUGGCCCAGAUGUUUUUCAUCUACUUCACUCUCCUUCUGGACUACAACCUCCUGCUGGCCAUGGCCCUAGACUGCUUAGUGGCCAUGUGCCACCCACACUGUUAUAGUGACCUGAUGACCUCCCGUCUGCUAGGCGUGCUGGCCUUUUUUGCCCUGACAUGGAGCCUGGGAGUGGCAGUGCCCUUGGUAGUGCUAACCUCACGAGCUUGAUUCUGCCAGACAGCAGUGAUCUGACACUGUACCUGUGAGUACAUCGCACUGCUGAGCAUAGCUUGUGGAGACUUGACCUUCAACAACCAGUUGGGGCUGGCCACGCGGUUGGUCACUGUGACCUUUGAUCUAGCCCUGCUGGGGACCUCCUACACCCGCAUCAUCUAUGCUGUCUUCUGGAUAUCUCCUGGGGGAGCCCGAACCAAGGCCUUGCACACGUGUGGCUCCCACUCCUUGGUCAUCCUCACCAUCUACCUCUCUAGUCUCUCCACUUCCAUCGUUUUCCGAGUAGCCAAGGCUGUGUCUCGGAAUGUCCAGAACCUGCUCAGUGCCAUCUAUCUGCUGCUCCCAGGAGCCUUGAAUCCUGUCAUCUAGGGGGUAAGGAUCAGAGAGAUCAGGCAACAUAUAGAAAAGAUGCUCUGUGGAAAGGAAUUAGCCCAGGAGGUUAGGGAGAAGCCAGAGAGGCUGCAGAAUAUGACAGUGAAGGAGAAACUGCCAGGGUGAGAGAACUUCAUCAACUUGGGAAAUUGGGGCUGUGACCUCUGGGAACAAGAGAUAAGCAGGCAGUACUGAGGGACAGGCUGGAAUUUCCUGAGAUUAUGGAGGACUCAACAGCAGGUUCAUUGUUGGUAAACUAUUCCUUUUUGAAUUCUUAGAAUGCUCUGUUUUCACUCCAAUGAAAAAAUUGCUUUCCCCUAUUUAUCCUUGUUAGUUUAGUUUCUCUGUCCUCUUCUCCCUGACUCCUGAGAAAGCCCCCCAGUUAAUAUCUGGAUAUGUGGAGCUCCACUGGAAGUUGUAUAGAGCAAGUUGCACAGACCACGACUUGCCCUGAACACCCAGUCUGAAACAAAUAAACAGGCCAGGCUCUUCCCUGGUGCCCAGUCUCUCCCAGAUACAUAGUAAGACUUGACAGGAAGCCCAGUCUCACCGAAUAUACAGGUCAGUUUUGAUGCCAUCAGUCUAAUGCAAACACACGAGUUAGGUUCUAGAGUCCAAUCAGUUCCAAACACAGGUGAGGCUCUGCCUGAUAUUCCCAGUCUGAUAUCCCCAGGCACACAGGUCA